UCAAUAAACAAUAUAAUUGUUGUUUAUUUAGAGAAUAUUAUUCGUUCAAAUUGCAAAGAAAAUAUCAGUAAUUUUUCAGCAGCUAUUGUGGGUGUGUUUGGAAACAGCGUCUCUAGCUAAAAAGGACGUGAAGUGAAUUUUAGUUUAAAACGCAAAAUAUCAACAAUCGAGAGGGGCAAAAGCGCACAACAACAGCAACAAAUAACUGUAGCACCCAAAACUACUGUAGCGGAGUGGGGUGUGGAGCAACACAAUGGUGGAGCCAAUCUUUGAUUAUCAAUUCCGUUUAAUUCUCAUCGGCGACAGCACAGUGGGCAAAAGUUCACUGUUAAAAUUCUUUACAGAUGGAAAAUUCGCCGAGCUUUCGGAUCCCACAGUGGGCGUUGACUUCUUUGCACGCCUCAUCGAGAUGAAGGACGGCACACAGAUCAAACUGCAGCUGUGGGACACGGCUGGGCAGGAGCGCUUCCGUUCCAUAACCAAAUCCUAUUACCGGAACUCCGUUGGUGUGCUACUGGUGUACGAUAUAUCGAAUCAUGCCAGCUUCGAGCAUAUACCGCUCUGGAUGAUGGAGGCGCAACGCCACAUUGAACCGCAUCGUCCCGUUUUUGCGCUCGUCGGCUGCAAGCUGGAUCUGGUGAAUGCGGGCGGACACCGUGAGGUAACCACCGAGGAGGCGCAAACAUUUGCCAAACAGCACGGAUUGCAUUUUGUGGAGACUUCGGCGCGCACCGGCGCCAAUGUCGAGGAGGCAUUUCGCAUGGUCACACAGGAGGUCUAUGCCCGCAUACGAUCCGGCGAAUAUAAGGCCGAAGAUGGCUGGGAUGGCAUAAAAUCCGGCUUUGCGCGGCCAAACAGUUUGGAUUUCAAUCUGGUUGUGGCCGAGCCAGAGAAAUCGUCUUGCUGUUGAUUCAACUAAAACUCUUUGUUUUGUUUUCGUUUAGAGUUUCCACUCAUAUACGUAUAUAUUUAUAUAUAUAUAUAGACUAUAUAUACCAUUUUUUUAUAUAUAUAUAUAUAUUUAAAUUUGAUUUUUUAAUGGAACGUUCAUUAUGCUGAUCUUUAUUCACAUAUGACGGUCUGUAACAUUUUUGUUAACUCGUUUUUAAUAGCGCACCAAAAAUGAAAAAAA